GAACUGCAGGAGCCGCCGCCCAUUGGCCCUGUGAGCAGAGCACGGGUGCCCUGAAGGGUUCGUGGAUCGUGUACCAGGGUGAGGAUAGUCAUGGGACCGUGUGCAACGUGCCCUCUGGAAUCUGUCGCUCUUAUGCUCACUUCAUCUUCGUCGUGUCUGCGCCGCGUCCGCUCGAUCCAGUGUGGGCAGGGUCUUUGAUCUCUGUAGACGGUAGAGAAUGGCAGCCAGCAGAAGCCUCCCAAGUGAUCCUGGAGCAGCUGCGCUUGCCCGAGAGUGAGCACUCGAUGGUGUUCUCGGUGCAGUUCGACCGCAUUAUACCCAUGCUGGCGCAGAGCGUUACCCCCAAGACAAUUUGUGCUGUGGGAUGGUUCAGGGAUCUUGAGAGCGAGUCCUGCGGCACACUUCCACAGAUCUGUGCAGAUACGAAGGCAGCGCUUGAAACUGCUCAUCUCUCGGGCCUCAGUGCCCCGCUCGGCUUCUACAGGUAUGGCAACUGGACAUCAGCAUGCGAUUCUUCGAGUGGUUUCUGCAGGGUCGUGGGUCAUCACGCCUUGAACGUCGUUGCUCGGUUCCCAAGCAUAAGCCCGAUUUCGAUCGUCGGGGAAGUUGCGUGGACCGAAAUCAACGGGCCACCGUCGAGCGACGCGUGGAUGGCUGCCGGAAAAUGCGGAUUCUUGUCUGUAUGUGACAGCGCGACGGUGAAUGGCACCGAAGUGCGCAGCCAACGCUUCCACUGUGGAAUCAACCAGAAGCGUUCGCUUCCAUUGUCCACAUACGCAUGCAUUCGGUUCACAGCCACAGAUGACACCACAGGAGAUUUCCUUGCAGUGGACUUGUCCACAGGAAGUGGUGGCUACCAUGUUGGCAAUGGUGUGAGAUGUUCCCCCCUUCAGACGGAGGCGGUGGAGCCCAGAACAGUUCCUGUCUUCUCCUAG